UACGUCCGGUCAACCUCCGCUCCGGAUGUGCUUCACUUGAAUCUGACCACUAUUGAAAAGCUCAAAGCUUGAUAACUAAUCUCAUUAUCUCGAAAGAUACUGUUACCAUAAUCAAUAAGAAGCAGCAUACAGUUACUAAUCCAACGGUGUCAAUAAUAAAAUGUCUAGAAGACGGCACAGUGACGGGGAUGAUGGUGGCCAGUCUCACAAAAGAAGGAGAACGUCUGAGCCCGUUGAGAUUGAGGAUCGCCUGGAAUCACUGAUAUGUCGAGUGGGAGAAAAGAGUACCUCUUCCCUGGAAAGCAACUUGGAAGGUCUCGCAGGUGUAUUGGAAGCGGACCUCCCCAAUUACAAAAACAAAAUCCUGCGCAUCUUGUGUGCUGUGGCUCGACUUCUACCCGAGAAGCUGACCGUGUACACAACACUAGUGGGCCUGCUCAAUGCCAGGAACUACAACUUUGGCGGGGAGUUUGUGGAGGCCAUGAUCAGACAACUUAAAGAGACCUUGAAGGCCAACCUGUACACCGAAGCUCUUUACCUAGUGCGCUUCCUCUGUGACCUGGUGAACUGCCACGUGAUCGCUGCCCCCUCCAUGGUGGCCAUGUUUGAGAACUUUGUUAGCGUCACUCAGGAGGAGGAUGUUCCACAGGUGCGUUCGGACUGGUUUGUCUAUGCUGUACUCUCCAGUCUCCCCUGGGUUGGGAAGGAGCUUGAUGAGAAGAAGGACGUAGAGAUGGACCGGCUCCUCAACCAGAUUGACGGUUAUCUCAAGAGGCGACUGAAGACUCAUGUCCCCAUGCUUCAGGUUUGGACGGCAGAGAAGCCACACCCACAAGAAGAGUACCUGGACUGCCUGUACGCUCAGAUCCAAAAGCUAAAGAAGGACCGCUGGCAGGAGCGCCACAUCUUGCGGCCGUACAUUGCCUUUGACAGCGUGCUGUGUGAGGCCCUGCAGCACAACCUGCCACCUUUCACCCCACCAGCCCACAUGCCCGACUGCCAGUACCCCGUGCCCCGCGUUAUCUUUCGCAUGUUCGACUACACCGAUGCCCCCGAGGGCCCUGUCAUGCCAGGCAGCCACUCUGUGGAGAGGUUUGUUAUUGAGGAUAACCUUCACAACAUCAUCAAGUCCCACUGGAAAGAGAGGAAGACCUGUGCUGCGCAGUUGCUGAGCUAUCCAGGGAAAAACAAGAUCCCACUCAACUAUCACAUUGUGGAGGUGAUCUUUGGAGAGCUCUUCCAGCUGCCCUGUCCCCCCCACAUCGAUGUUAUGUACACUACGCUGCUCAUUGAGCUCUGCAAGCUGCAGCCAGGCUCCCUGCCCCAAGUUUUGGCCCAAGCCACAGAGAUGAUGUACGUGAGGUUGGACAGCAUGAACACUAUUUGCAUAGACCGACUACUCAACUGGUUCUCCCACCAUUUGAGCAACUUUCAGUUCCGAUGGAGCUGGGACGACUGGGUGGACUGUUUGGCCCUGGAUGCAGACAAACCCAAGCCCAAGUUUGUCAAGGAGGUUCUGGAGAAAUGCAUGAGGCUCUCCUAUCAUCAGCGGAUAGUGGACAUCGUCCCUCCCACUUUCUCAGGACUCAUCCCAGCCGACCCCAUCUUCUUUUACAAAUACCAAGAUGAGGCCAACAGUGCGCUGCCAGGCUAUGCGGUGGCGAUAGCGGUGGGCAACGCCAUCAAGAACCGGGCCUCCAACGAGGAGAUCCUCACCGUGCUCAAAGACGUGCCGAACCCCAACCAGGAAGAUGACGACGAUGAGGGCGAGGGCUUCAACCCCCUGAAGAUAGAGGUGUUCCUGCAGACCCUCCUCCAUCUGGCUGCCAAGUCCUUCAGCCACUCCUUCAGUGCCCUGGCCAAGUUCCAUGAGAUCCUGAAGGCCCUGACGGACUGUGACGAGGGCAAGCUGCAUAUCCUCCGGGUGGUCUACGAGGUCUGGAAGAACCACCCACAGAUGGUCUCUGUGCUGGUGGACAAGUUGAUCCGUACACAGAUUGUGGAUUGUGCAGCCGUAGCCAACUGGCUCUUCUCCCCUAGCAUGGCUCAUGAGUUUACCAGGUUUUACGUGUGGGAGAUUCUGCACUCCACUAUCCGUAAGAUGAACAAACACGUCCAGAAGAUUCAGAAAGAGCUGGAAGAGGCCAAGGAUAAGCUGGAGAGGCAACAGCAUAAGAAGCAGAAGGACAGUGGAGACGAGGAAGACAUGGAGAAGAACAGUGAGGAUGAGGACGGUCAGCUGGAGGAGCAGAUCGAGCGUCUGCAGGAAAAGGUGGAGUCGGCCCAGAGUGAGCAGAAGAACCUUUUCCUGGUCAUCUUCCAGCGCUUCAUCAUGAUGCUGACGGAGCACCUGGUGCGCUGCGAGACAGGCAGUGUGGACUUCAGCACGCCCUGGUACAAGAAUUGCAUCGAGAGGCUGCAGCAAAUCUUCCUCAUGCACCAUGUGACAAUCCAGCAGUACAUGGGGACACUGGAGAACCUGCUGUUCACUGCCGAGCUCGACCACCACAUCCUAGCUGUGUACCAGCAGUUCUGUGCCCUGCAGCUCUGAGCCCGUACACACCAAACGCCAUACUACACACAUAGCCAGCUCUUGCAUCAAGAUUUCCUCGUUAGACCUUUUUUGUUAUUUCGACUUUGUGUGGUGAGUGCCGUUCAAGGUAUUAACUGUAAAAUUACCAUAUUUUUUAAAGUUCUUUCUUUCGGGUCCUUCUUUCGUUUCCUUUUCUUUUUCCUCCCUCCAUUUUGUUGUUCAUUUUUUACCACAUAUUACUCAUAGUCCUAUAGAGUACCACAGUAUGACCCAUAAAACCUGUCUACUUUGAUGCUAGUUAGCAUUUUCAAUCUGUAAAUAGAGCCAUAUCUAUUGACAAGUCUCCUUGUCCGAGAGAUGUACAUGGUUAUCAAAACGUCACACCAGGGUCAGCCUACACGAAACAGCCUUUAUUUUAAGUGUCUCUAAAAUUCCCUAUGGGAAAAAUGAAUGGUGGAUAAACGUUUGGAACCAUUUCCCUGUUUGACCACUAGGUUUUAUGGGUAUUAUGACACCUCCACUGUGGGGCUCUAUUAAAGUGGAUCUUUUAAAAACCUGAGGUUGCAAAUGGGCAAAAAGCAGCAGGUGAGCCUGAAUCCAGAGUGCUCUUUUUUAUGUAUUUUAUGUGAAUGGAAAUUGGGAAACAGUUAAAACUGUAGUCUUCUGUUGGCCAUUGUGUAACGUUUACAUUUCCUGCCCUUAUUCCUUUCCUCUUAGCCACCUCUUCAAGGAAAGAAAACAAUGACUGACAUGGAAUUCAAUAAAGUGGUUAAUUUAAUAA